AAACACUGUAGAGGUGAGCAUGCACUCCACUUGAGGCAUGAUUCUGGCAUGAGUGUCCCUGUGCAGGUAGAGGGACAGGGCAGACAGAUUGGCACUGGGUUGCAGAGGACCAUUCAGUAAAUUCAAGAUGGUGGAAGUAUUAGGAAGCUGUUUAAGCUGGUUGUUCAGAUGGCAGUGUGCCAAACUGGGCCUUAGUAAUUGCAAGGUCAGAGAAAGGGGCCUGAAGCCAUAUAGAAAGCCAGAGUCACAGGUGUACCCAUGAGAGGUAGCGUUUCCUGAAAAGAGUCGGGGAGAGGCGUGUCACAGCAGCCCUCCUGUGAUUUAGCAACUGGUCAUGUGGAAAGGCAGAGAUGACAGGAUAAGGAACCUUCAGGCUUUACUUCCAGAAGAUAGUGUUGCUUCCUACAUGAUCAAAGGAGAGAGAAGUGGUUCUGUGGCUUUAAGAGGGAUUUGGGGUUUGACUUGUCUUUGUUUAUGGAACUAAGGGUAGAACCUAGAACUUCAUGCAUGGUAGACAAGCACUCUACCAUUAAACUAGCCUUCGGAUCUUUUUUAGUGCGAGACAUUUGAAGCACAGCCUAGAAAGUGCUACCAUCUUGGAGGGAAAAACAGACUAAUCCAACAUGAGACUAGGACCUCACCAUCCCUGAGUCUAGCACUGUAAAGGGAAUGAUGGCUGGACCAAUGGCUGCAUUUAAAUGGCAGCCAACUGCGAGCGAGCCAGUCAAAGAUGCAGAUCCUCAUUUCCAUCAUUUUCUGUUGAGCCAAACGGAGAAGCCAGCUGUCUGUUACCAGGCAAUCACAAAGAAGUUGAAAAUAUGUGAAGAGGAGACUGGCUCCACCUCCAUCCAGGCAGCAGACAGCACAGCUGUGAAUGGCAGCAUUACCCCCACAGACAAAAAGAUAGGAUUUUUGGGCCUUGGCUUAAUGGGAAGUGGCAUCGUCUCCAACUUGCUAAAAAUGGGUCACACAGUGACUGUCUGGAACCGGACUGCAGAGAAAUGUGAUUUGUUCAUCCAGGAGGGGGCCCGUCUAGGAAGAACCCCCGCUGAAGUUGUUUCCACUUGUGACAUCACUUUUGCCUGUGUGUCGGAUCCAAAGGCAGCCAAGGACCUGGUGCUGGGCCCCAGCGGUGUGCUGCAAGGAAUCCGCCCCGGGAAGUGCUAUGUGGACAUGUCAACGGUGGAUGCCGAUACAGUCACCGAGCUGGCCCAGGUGAUUGUAUCCAGAGGGGGGCGCUUUCUGGAAGCCCCAGUCUCAGGGAAUCAGCAACUGUCCAAUGAUGGGAUGUUGGUGAUCUUAGCGGCCGGAGACAGGGGCUUGUAUGAGGACUGCAGCAGCUGCUUCCAGGCAAUGGGGAAGACGUCCUUCUUUUUAGGUGAAGUUGGCAAUGCAGCCAAGAUGAUGCUGAUUGUGAACAUGGUCCAAGGGAGCUUCAUGGCCACCAUUGCUGAGGGGCUGACGCUGGCCCAAGUGACAGGCCAGUCACAGCAGACACUCUUGGACAUCCUCAAUCAGGGACAAUUGGCCAGCAUCUUUCUGGACCAGAAGUGCCAAAAUAUCCUACAAGGAAACUUUAAACCUGACUUCUACCUGAAAUACAUUCAGAAGGAUCUCCGCCUGGCCAUUGCCCUGGGUGAUGCAGUCAACCACCCCACUCCCAUGGCAGCUGCAGCCAAUGAGGUAUACAAAAGAGCCAAGGCACUGGACCAGUCUGACAAUGACAUGUCUGCCGUGUACCGAGCCUACAUACACUAAGCCUUGCCUGCCCAUCUACCCUCCCAUCUUCCCUCUGACCUCCCUUCCCAGUGUGGGGUCAGGGUUCUGGGACUUAGCUCUGGACCAGUCACCUGUCUCCAUUUCCUUUUAUACAGACUUUGAGACUUGCAUCAGCACAGUACACAGCAGCACUCUUCCUCCCUCCCUGAGGUUCUGGCCAGGGAUGAGAGGAUCUAUCUCCACAGGUGGCUUGUGAAGAAGCUCUUGAGCUGGGCACUGAUUGGCCCUGGAACAGGAGGCUGUGUAUUCUCUCUCUGUUUCUCUUGUGGUCUCUGUCUCUGUCACACACACACACAGACACACACACACACACACACUGUGGUCUCUGUCUCUGUCACACAGACACACAGACACACACAGACACACACACACACACACACACACACACACACACACACACACACACACACACCCACCCACCCACCCACCCACCCAGGAUAGAAGCUGCCUAGAAACUGCUGCCUGGCUGUUCUUGCAAGCUUGUUUUAUCUCGGCCCCCUUCUAGUCAAGAGACUAGAGGGACUAGAAUUGGCAGGGAGCACAGGAAGCCUUCUCUCAAGUUUCCCAGGACAGACCAGCAGAGGGCCCCUGGCCCCCAUUGGACCCCUGAAAGGAGAGGCCCCUCAGCCAUCAUGAACCAGCAGAUUCCCUGAGGAGGCUCUGUGGACCUCCAGCUGAGGACGAUUUCUUGUAGACACUACCAUUAUGCAGCAGCUCCCAGAAUGUCUCUGAACUGAAGAAAGACCGGCAUGACCACAUAGACACCUUCAGGGGGAGCAGAGUCCACAGGCUUCAGCUCCCUGGCUGUUUGUUGUCUCUGUGACCGGAGCCUGUUCCGCAGGAGGUUUUAUUUGGAUUUGCAUUCCAGCCCAUGGGAAGGGGUCUUAAGCAGUGGAGUGUGGGGGUAGCUCCUUCCUGUUUCCGUUAUGGCAGUCUCUUGAGCUGGGCUACCUGUUAAGCCUGCUCUACACAGGUCCCCUGCAUGCCCCUCCUCCCCUUUUCCUUCCAUGGAGAUAAUAUUUCUGUCCCAUCCGAUUUUGAUGAGGAACCUCACUUCUGCCAGUAUCAGUGGUUCCAAGUCCUGGGUUUGUUGGGACAGUCUUGAACUGGGGCCUUGUUCUAACCUAACUACUACUCAGAGGUGGAUCCAGUGCUCUGCCAGGCCCUAGCGUUUCUCCUUGAAGAGGGGACCAGAGAGGCUUAGAAUGUCACAUGAGAGGAAUCACCUGAGGAAGCCUUCCUCCUCAUGAGUUUGGAUUUCCAAAGCCACGAUUCGACUUCUCCACCUGGGAUGAGGAUCUCAGGACAUGGGCCUGGAGCAGGGAAUGCUUGUGGGAUUCAGCACAAUUGCUCAGUCACUGGGAUGCUGAACAGCUUCUGUCUGGACACGGCCUAGCUUGGUCCUGGGGGUUGGGGGUGGGGAAGAUGCUGUAAGGAAACCGGUUAGUCAAUGUUGUCUUAAUAUUGUUGACAAUUCUGUAAAGUUCCUUUUUAUGACUAUUUCUGUUUAAGCUAUUUCACCUUUCAUUUUGAAAUCCUUUCCUUUUAUGGAGAAAAUGUGACAUUGUGAAAAUGCUUGUAAGAAAGCCCCUACUCCCUCUUUUCCUUUAAAUGACAAAUCUAGGUGAUUAAGGUUGUGAAUUUUUAUUUUCACUUUGUUUUUAAUGAACAUUUGUCUUUCAGAAUAGGAUUGUGUGAUAAUGUUUAAAUGGCAAAAACAAAACAUGAUUUUGUGCAAUUAACAAAGCUACUGCAAGAAAAAAAUAAAUAAAACAUUUCUUGGUACCAUA